AUGCCCUUCUAUGCUCCUGGGUUCGACCCGCUGCUCAUCGUCAGCCAGAUCGCCGCGAUGCAGGCGCUUCUCUACCUAAAUCUCGGCCUCUGGCUGCUCGUGCUCAACGGGCUAGCCGGCAGCAACCUUUCCUCCAUCGGACUGCGCCACCUCUUCUCGCCCGACUCCAUCUCCAUCUCGUACGCCGGUGGUUGGGUCACUAUCCUUGCGCUCUUUCUCAACGCGAUCGCCGGGCAAGCGCCGCACUGCUGCCCCCACCCUUCUUCGUUCUUCCUCUGCUUCAUCGUCGAGCGCGCGAAGAAGUGCCUCGACUUUGCGGCGACGGCGCAUCUGCUCCACCUCUUUUGUUGCAUCGUGUACGGCGGCUGGCCGAUCGCGUGGGAGUGGUGGGCAGUCAACAUCAUGUGCCUGGUGCUCAUGGCGCUGCUUGGUGAGUUUCUCUGCAUGCGGAGAGAACUGCAGGACAUCCCCCUCUUUGGCUCUCGAGGCGGGAGGAAGUUCUCGUCUUCCGAGCGAGAGUAG